GCCAACGGCACCACUUAGCAACAAUUUAAAUAUUUCGGUGUUUCCCUCUCAAUUAGACGUGGUCACUGCAUUCAUUUUGAAUACUGUCGAGAUUUUUUAUUUUUACACCCGAAGCUGUUCAUAGUGGACGUCGCAGAUGGCCGAUACCUCUUUUUAAUUCAUUGCUUGGCGGAAGCUAACAUAAUGCUAAUGACGAAUGCUAACACAUUGAACUUGCGAUGCUCACUUAAAUGUGUGAUUUUACUUUAAUUGAUUACAACAGACGUAUAGCGAUAACGUUAACUGUGCACUGAAUCGUUGGCUAGUUUAAUCUUUGAGUGGGUUAUGCUGGCUAGGUCAUCGUCUUAUGCUAUCAUGAGCUAACCAGCACUGAAUCUCUAUCAGAUUUGGAGUUCAAUUUCACACCCGAUUGACGAUGUUCUCUUAAUCAUACUUUGUAAUUGUACCUUUUUUAGUAAAACAUGUAUUGCGAUCAUUUGUGGUUCUGUCUUGUUUAGGCGCCUCAAAUUAGAUUUUAGUCACCAUGUGAGUUUCGUGUCUGUAGCUAUGAGUUCAUCAGAACACGUUAGACAGAGCUAUUGUUCUGGCAGCUGUUGUGCAUCCUUCGCCCUGUAUCUGUUACUCCAACCAAAAGGCGUUUUCAUAAUUGGUGUUAAAAAUAGCCUCCGGCUGGCCAUGGUCAGCAAGUGUUUGACCUCAGCAUGCUGCUGUCUCUUCAGGUUUACGUCUCCUACUGGCGUUUUGUGCCAAGGCCCUCUCCUACUGUAGUCUACAGUAUCACUGAGAACCACCAUCUACAGUGUAACGUUAGCUUUAUUUGUAUUACUUUGAAGAGGCCAACUUACUGUUAUUAUGCCACCUCAGAGUGGAUUCAGUUUUUCAAGGAUGCUGGCAUCCCAGCCGGCCUCGCAGUCACGUAUGCGGUCUCAUUCGUGGACAACAGAAUUCACAAGAACAUGCUGAUGGACCUCAGUAAAGACAUCAUGAUGGACCUCGGCAUUACAGUCAUUGGUGACAUAAUUGCCAUUCUUAAACAUGCCAAGCAGGUCUACAGGCAGGACAUGUGCAAAAUGGCCACAGAAGCCAUCUCCUCAGGACAGACCAGUGUUAAAGCUGAGCUCAGAAGAACUGCCAAUACUCCUGCCACUCGUAUGAUUGCCAACGCUUUGAGCCAUGACUCUCCGCCAGCCACUCCUGCCCGUCGACCUGACAACCGCCUGUCCGUCACAGUGUCCAACACGCAAGCAAACAAGAGUAGCAAAGCAGUUGUAAGUCAGCCAGCUGAUGAGGGGAACGGUUUGCCAGGAGUGAAGCGCCGACGUGUGACAGCAGAGAUGGAAGGCAAGUACAUCAUCAACAUGCCCAAAGGCACAACGCCUCGUACACGCCGCAUCCUGGCCCAGCAGGCCAAGAAAGGUUUGAAACGCACCUCUGUGUUUGCAAGACUUGGGGCUGAAUCAAAGGCAGACACAACAACAAGCAAUAACAAGCCCACCGGUGUGUUCAGUCGCCUGGACAGAGGGCCGGAAGAGGCAAACAGGCUGAGGCUGGCCAAAAUGGCUGGAAACAUGGAUGUAGAUGACGGGGACAACAGCGACGGAGACUGCUCUGUCCUCCAGUAUGCUGGCGUCCUCAAGAGACCCGCACCCUCCCAGACGAAAGAGCCAGCCACCAAACCACCGCCGACCACCCUGCGGCGCCUGGGAGGCAAAUUCAAACUACCUCCCUCUGACACUCCCACCUCUUCCUCCACCUCCGCUUCUUCCCUCAAUGGCCUCCCCCCCGCCAAGAUUAGUGUGCUUCAGAGACUGGGCAAGCUCCCUUCCACACACCCGAACAAGGCUUUGUCGCCCACGCCUGCCGACACACAGGACAACAGGGUGACCAGCACCAGGCCCAAAGCCCAGGAGAGACUAACCAUAGCGAGCCCCAAGGUCAGUAGCAGCACUGGGGCCUUAGCUGGAGGAGCAGCAGCAGGAGGAGGAGAGUCUUUGGGUGCCCAGAUGGACGUUAGGGCUAUCAGUGUUUUUAAGAGACUGGGCAGCAAGAAAACCUAACACAUACAAUCCUAAAACUAAGAAUAGACUGUUUCUAUAUGUCCUUUAUAGAAUUUUUAUCACAACCUUUUUGCAUUAAUCCUGACAACAUGCAGGACUGCUGAUUGGAGCGUUUUUCUUGUUCAGUCUGAGUGUGUGGACGUUUUUAAUGCUGCAUUGUGGCUUUAGGGUUACUCUUAGAUAAAAAACUAUGAUUUCUUUUUUUUUUUUUACACUUUAGUUAUUGGAUAAUCACCUUUUGUUUAGUGUCCAAGCUUUUAAUUUGAGGGCUCAAAGUUCUCUGUAUUACGUUGCUCAACCAGGAAGCUAUUUCCUCAUGUCUCCGUUAUAUCUGCUGUUUAUCAUUUGUAAAGAAAUAUAUGUUUAACUAUAUUUGUGAGCUUAAGGCAUGAGCAUGACGUCAACCAGGCUGCCAUAAUGGUAGUUUGAAUUUUACCCUUUAACUCCACAUAUAAGGAUGCUGCUGCCCAAACUUCCCCUUGUUUGAGUCCUCCUGAAUGAAUACAGUUAAGUAGUUGAAAAUGCCUGAAAGUGAAUUUAUUUCUUUUUCUCAAAAUGAUGUAAAACACAUUGAAGUUUUAUUCCACACCACAAGCAAUUUAAGUUUAUUCUUGUUUUAAAACACAGGAGUGCAGACUAGCUAAGAGGUGAGGAUUAAACGUUUCUCUUUGUUGCACCAUCUCAAAAUGACCUCAUCAUGUUUUGAAAGUAAAAAAUGGGUAAAAGUUCUUAUUUUCAGUGUGUGGAAAACAAAACUCAAAUGGUUACACAGAAUGACCUCUCUGAACACUUGAAUCAAGGAAAAGCACCACACUUCCUCCUCUUCUUCUGCAUUUUGUAGGGUAGAAGUUCACACCUCUGAACCAUGUCAACUUUUCUACCAUAGUACUAAACAUUUUCUAAAACCACCAACUUGAAGGUCAGAUCAGUAGAAUAUCAUUUAUUUUGAAAUGCAAUGUAUAGAUUUGUUAGACUUGAUUUCAAACCACACAGAACCUGCUGCAUAUUUUUCUAUGUGGACAGUCUUGUAUUAUGUAUCCAUGAAAUGAAACUCCGUCAGGCCUGGUGUCAGUAGGAAGUUCACCUUUAUCCCCAGUAUGGGCCAUUAACACCUGUGUACUCUUUUGGUCUUUCAGACUUCACACCAGAACUUUGUAACACUGUAAAUAUUUGAAGUAGUUAAAAUCACAUCGCAGAGCAAAACACACCUUGAACUGUCUGAAUUUUUUGAAGAUAUUAUGGGAGAAAGUCUUGAAUUUGGAGAACCCUUGGAAAAUAAUUAAAAGAGAAAAGGGUCCAAA